AUGAACACAACGCCACGCAAGAAAAUAGACUUGCUGGCACCGGCACCGGCACCGCCGCCAACCUUCACAUAUUCGCCUCGGAAGGAGAACGAAUGGUACCUCAAUACCCAGUCACCUCACGAGUUUCAAGGUGGAGCUCUUCGAGACGGUGGUGAGGUGAAUAUCUGGAGCCGCGACUACAUCGGACUUAUUGCGCAGUAUGCCGCCGUCGGUAUGAUCUUUGGAACGUUGCCCGGGACCGUCUACCCGUUCCUCUUCAACUACCUCAAUAUGGAAGGAACACAGGUGGUGUCAGCCGUCGUGUUGCUGAACAUGCCUUGGUCGUUCAAGAUUUUCUACGGCAUGAUCACGGACUGCGUACCGAUCAUGGGCUACAGACGCCGUCCGUUCAUGGUUAUGGGUUGGACUCUGUGUUUCGCGAUGUUGCUCGUCAUGGCGUGCAUGGACGCUGGUGAUCCGUUCUACCCGGACAAUAAGUACGCAACGAUGGAGAAGGAAGAGCUGACUCCCGAAAUCAUCGCCACUUUCAACGAGUCCGCCCACCAUGUAGGAGGCAAGUUCAUUGUUCUCAUGAUGAUCGCUGCGAUCGGGUACGUCGGUGCCGAUGUGGCAGCCGACGCUAUGAUGGUCGAAGUCGCCCAACGUGAACCGGAGGCUACGCGUGGCUACACCCAGACCACGAUCUACAUGGUCCGUACGGCUUUUGUGACCAUCUCGAGUAUCCUCACGGGUCUGGUUUUCAAUGGCAAGGACUACGGAGGCGACUUUGACUUCUCACUGAGCUUUCCGCAGCUCAUGGUUAUCCUUACUGUGUGCUGUCUACCUGUGAUCCCCCUUUCGUGGUACUGUAUCCGAGAGGACCGUCACCCAGGCGUGAUUUUCCGUGAUUACCUGGCUGAGCUUUGGUAUCUCAUGCAGAUGCGACCGAUGUACCAAGUCAUCGCAUACAAGUUUUUGUCGGGUAUCUUCGAGAACUUCACCAUUACUUGUGCAGAUCCAAUGCAAUCGUACUGGGCCGAGGCUACUCCUCUUAACCAGAAGGUGAUGGCCAUCAUUGGAAAUGGUAUCUUCGCUAUCGCUCUUUACUUCACGGGCAGAUACGGUCUGCAGUGGAAUUGGAGAUCGAUGCAUGCUAUCACGAUUGUCGCCGUGACGGUCAUGGAUUUUAUCGUCACGAUGCUUACGACGUGGAACAUCUUCCGUAAUCAAUGGUUUUGGCUUGGAGUACCCGUUGUAGAGAAUCUUCCACAUGGCAUUUCAUUCGUGAUCGGAACGUACGUGAUCGUCGAAUUGGCCGGUGAGGGUAACGAAGGCGCUGUAUACGGUUUAGUGGGAUCAAUUGCCAACAUCGCAAUCCCGCUGGCUAGUACGCUAUCCAAGAACGUGGAUAGUGGCUUUGACGUGGCCAACGCUGACAUCGUCGAGGACUCCUCUCAUGUUCGUUGGGAGGUGACGUAUGUACUCAUUAUUCGGUACGCUAUGAACCUGUUCGGUCUUGUCUUCCUACCGCUGUUGCCUCGACAGAAAGCGGAAACCCAACAGCUCAAGCAAAAUGGAGGAUCUAGUCGCUUAAUGGGGGUUAUUACCGCCGUCUACUUCGCCUUCUCGCUGUGUUGGACAGUCAUGGUCAACAUCAUGAGCAUCUAUCCGUCAACUUCCUGCCUCGUUAUCGCAGGAGGAACUGGCUGUGACUAGUAAGAACCUACAUGACGUGUCCUGUGCCUUAGUUGUUGUAAAAUCCAGUGUAUCAAAAUUUCAC